AUGCCCGACAAGGAGGCAGCCUUUGCGGCCUCGGCAUCAUCCGAGGGGAGGGGGUCUCGGAAGAGCACGCCCGGCCAUUCGGGCCGCACGUCCCCUCUGCUGACAACCACCAGCCACCCCGCUCCGCGCCGCUACUCCAACCUGCACAAGCGCAGCAUCUCCGACGUGGUUGCCAGCCACUCGUACGACUUUGUUCAGCACGAUGACGAUAGCGUCGGUGCUCAUUCGGACACAGAGCUCGACGGUCGCGAUCGAGAACCCCCCUUGCCCAGCCGUGAGGGCCAGGUCGCCAAGUGGACCAACUACAUCCACGGCUGGCAGGAGCGCUACCUUGUCCUACGUGAUGGCACUUUAUCCUACUUCAAGUCGGCCCAAGAACGCACCCGGGCCUGCCGCGGUUCCAUUGAUGUGAUUGGUGCCGUGAUCAAGGCCCAUGACUUUGACGCCCUUCGUUUCGACGUCGUCGUCGGUGCCGACCAACUCUUUUACGUGCGCGCCACGUCAACCGCUGAGCGCGACGCCUGGGUCGCCGACCUUCGCUUGACCAAGGACCUCUUGCCCGAUCGUCAGCCCUCCGCCCUCUCCCGCCGCCCCUCCACCUUUUCCCUGGCCUCGGGCACCUCGGCCAACUCGGCUCACGUCGGCACCUCCAACGGCCCUCGCAUCUUCAAGGACAAGCUGGCCGAGCUCAAGUCCAUUCAAUCGGCCCUCGGCAAACAGGCCUUGAGCUUGCACACAAACCUUCAACAGGUCGUGGAUGAAUUUGGCGAGGAAUCAUCCGAGGGAUCCCGUGCACGCGAGGCCGCCGAGGAGGCAGUGCUCUUCAAGGUCGCUGCGCAAGGCACCAUGUCCGCCAUUGAGGAAACCAUUGCCCUGCUCAUCAAGCGUGAGGAAGACUUGCACCGCCGCUAUGAACGCGAACGCCAGAAGCGCAAGCAGCUCGAGGAAGAACUGGACACUCGCCCAGACAUGCGCAAUCUAGGUCCCGACUACGUGGAAGGCCCACACACCCUGCUUAAUGAUGACGAGUUUUAUGACGCCUUGGAAACCGGCCUUGAUCAACUCGAAGCCCAGGAACGCCAUCGUCAAGAAGAAGAGGCUCGCCUUGAAAGCCAGCGCGCCCAGCAAUCGGCCCUUCCCUCUCGCAAGACUCACCGCUUCACAGGCCUCGUGGACGAGCAGCUCCAACAUAGCCUGGCCUUGGCCGAUGAAGAUGUGGACGCCCACUGGGCCUUGGGUUACCAGGAGGGUCAGCUCAAGGUGUUUCGCCGAGAAUCGGCCGAAUCUGGAACCCCAACCGACCGCCUCAAGGCCUUUCAUUACAUUCCCGGCAUUAGCGGUCGUGAGCUUGCCGAGUAUUUUUUCAACACUGACUACAAAACGGAAUGGGAACAUACGAUCGAGAGCUUCCGAGUGCUUGAGUUUCUGGAUCAGCACACCAACGUCACCCACAUGAUCCAUAAACGGGUGUGGCCCUCGGCACAGCGCGACUCGUGCUUUGUGUCACAUUUUUGCCACAUUAACGAGCACCGUUGGGCCGUUCUGAAUUACUCGGUCGAUCAUGACAUGGCGCCGCAAGACAAGUUUGUGCGCCUGACUUGUGCCAUGUUUCUCCUAUGUGACACGGACAUUCAAAGCCGGGACACACCACAAAGCCGCAAGGAUGUGGGCUGCCGCAUCACCUACGUGGCCUCGAUCAAUCCCGGAGGCUGGGCUCCCCCCUCCGUCGUCAAGGCUGUAUCGCAGCGCGAGUACCCCAAGUUUCUCAAAAAUCUCGAAAAGCAUGUUCUCAAGCAUUACGAGGGGAAGCCCCUUUCGGUCUAAAAGAAGCUGUCAGAGAGCCUCAACCAAGCGGGGCUGGGCCAUGGGCACCGCACGCGGACCCCAGACACUGGAUUGCCGGUGGCGUUGCCCGUCCCAAUCGUCACACGACGCUUGCUCCCUGUGUUUAUUGUUUGCCAUGCUGGCACUAAUUGAGAAACUAAGUCUG